AUGACACUAUAUAGUAAGAAAAAAAGGAAAUGCAAUAUUAAUUUCAUAGACAUAGAAUUGGAGGCUUUUAUAUUUGGAUGUUUCUUAUACAGCUGGAAUGAUAUAUUAACAAACAAUAUAAUAUAUAAAAAAUGUAAUAACAACAAAGAUGAGAAAAUAAUAAAUAAUAAUAAUAAUAAUAAUAAAAUAAAUUAUAACGUGGUUAAUAAUAAAAAGAAAAAAUUGACUACUUUAAAAAGUUCAGGAGUUAAUAAAAGGAAUUGCUCCUCUAUUAAAAAUAAUAAAAAGAAUAUAACUACAAACCAUAUUUUUUAUAAUUGUUCAGCAAAAAACAAAAUAAUAAAUAAAAGUAACUCAAAAAAUUAUGUAAAUAAUUGUAAUAAAUAUAAAGAACAUAUAUCUUGUAGUAUAAAUACAGAUUUUCAAAUUAAACAUAAUAUAGAUAUUAACGCAUUAAAUGACAAACUCUUAUAUUUUGUAAAAAUUAAUUUCUGUUUAAAUAAUAAAGACUUUAAUAUAUUUUGUAAUUUAUAUCAUUUUUAUAAGCAUAUUAAAGAAGAUAAAAAAAAUGAAGAAACCAAACUACUCAACAGCUUUUUUAAGCAUAAGGUUGUGAAAUGUGGAAAAAAGUUUAAAAAUUGUUGUACUAAUAAAGAGGAUAUAAAAGGACACUCACAAAGUGAGAAAAAUGAUAAUAUGUAUGAUGGUAUAGCUAAUAAAUGUGACGAUCAUAAGUAUGAUAAAUAUGACGAUCAUAAGUAUGAUAAAUAUGACGAUCAUAAGUAUGAUAAAUAUGACGAUCAUAAGUAUAAUAUACAUGAUAAUCAUAAGUAUAAUAUACAUGAUGAUCAUAAGUAUGAUAAAUAUGACGAUCAUAUGUAUAAUAAAUAUGAUGAUCAUAUGUAUAAUAAAUAUGACGAUCAUAUGUAUAAUAAAUAUGACGAUCAUAUGUAUAAUAAAUAUGACGAUCAUAUGUAUAAUAAAUAUGAUGAUCAUGUGUAUAAUAAACGUGAUCAUCUUACAUAUGAUAAAGAUGAUAAUAUUUUAAAUGGCCCAUAUAACAAUUCAUAUGAAGAAAGGAGAAAAUUACACAGAAACUCCAAGAAGAAUAAAAAUGGAAGAACAAAAAAACAUGUGAAUUGUUUUUUUUGUGAUAUAUAUAUAAAUAAAAACAAUUUUGAUGAUUCCACAAAAAUGGAAAAAUUUAUACAUUCAUGUAUGAACAAAGUAUAUGCUAAUAAAAAAUGCAAUUUGAUGAACAAAUGUAUUAUAAAUAUAAAAACGUUUGAUGAUAAUUUUAUUCAUUCAACUACUAUAGAACGUUUAUUUUGUUUUAUAUAUACACAUAUGGAUAAAAAUUUAAUUUUUUUUUGGUUUAAUUUUUUAAAAGUUUUAUUAAAUGUUACCAUAGAUAAACAUUUGAUGAUAAAAAUAUUUUUUUUCUUUUGUAAAAAAAAUUUUUUACUAUCUUCAUUUUUCCAUUCAGAAGAAAACAUAAUUAAUCAUGAAUUUUUUAGUAAAAAUAUAUCCAUAAAUAAACCAUCAAAUAAUUUUAUAAUAGAUAUCAUGAAACCAUACAAAUGUCAAAAUAUAACAAACCUUAUUUUAAAUAAUAAUUUUGUCUUAUUACAAAAUCUUCUAGAUUAUUUUUAUAUGAUAUGUUCCACAAGAAAUAUGAGCUUUUAUGAUAAUUUUUUUCUUAAUAUACAAAUGAUAAAUUUUAUAUAUCCUGUACAACUUAACGUUUUCCAUUUUUAUUAUAUGAAGCUAUAUAAAAAAUUUAAUCAUCAAAGACAUGUAUAUCACCAAAGGAUUAAUUUUAAACCCAUUUUAUUUUACAGCAACACAAGUAACAUAAUCAUAUUAAUGAAAAAGAAGAAACAAAAUAUAACGAAACAUAAUUAUAAUGAAAAAAAACAAAAGAAAACCAAAUUAAUACCAUCAUUAGAUAAUUCAGCAAUUCAUAAUUCUGAUAAAUCGAAAAACAUAUAUAUUAAUAACACAAAGGAAUUUACAAAUAAUUAUACAAAUUCCAUUUUAUCUAUUUCUAAAAAUAAUCUUAACAAUCAAAUGUCUUAUCUAAAUAAAAAAAUGAUUACAAAUGAGGGAAAUUAUCAAAAUCGUGCAACUAGCCAUUCUCGAUAUAAUUAUGAAAAAAUAUAUACACGUUAUACUAAUUUCAUUAUUGGUAAAAAUUGUAAUAUGAUGAAUACACACUUCAAUCAUUUUAAUAUUACAUAUCUUAAUAAAAAAGGUAAAAUUAUAUAUGACCGUUUUAAUAUAAAAGGUUUUAUUACUGAACAGAUAAAUAAAUACUUUUAUAAGGAUUAUAAACCUAAUUAUAUAACAACAACAACAAAAAAAAAAAAAAAAAAAAAAAAAAAAAAAGGAAUACCUGCACAAGUCAGGAAACAAUAUAUUAAUCGCUAUUUCUAUGAACAGCUAUUUUCAAGAAAAGAAAAAUCAUUAAUAAAAAAUGUCGUUGCAUAUUUUAAAAGAACAUAUGAGAUUUUAAAUAAAUAUAUAGGUAUGAAUAGAUUAGAAAAGCAGAGUAACAUGUUUUACUUUUUAUUCGAUGCUUUACCAACAUUAAAAAGGAAAAGUAGCAUUAAGAAUAUAUUGGAGCCUUAUAUUUGUACGAUAUUUUCAAGUUAUGAAUUUAUGGAUAUAUAUAAUUUUAUUGAGAAUUUGAAGCGAUUAUAUACUUUAAAGAAUAAUAAAAAGGGGAAAAACAGUAUACGUAUAAAAGAACAACAUCCGUGUUUAAGAUUUUUGAAUGAUUUACAAGGGUUAAAUUAUAUUUACAAUAAUUUAAGAGGUGAUUAUUUAAUGUUAAUGCAGAAUGUGUAUCAAGAGAUCAAGGGAGAAAAUAAUAAAAAGAUGAAUAAUAAUAUGUUUUAUGAUAAUGGUUUAAAUUAUAAUAUGUUGGACAAUAAUACAUUUAAUGGUAAUAUUUUAAAUAAUAACCAAAUAAUAAAAUGUAAUAAAAGUACGAUUCAUAAAUUAAUAAGGAAUGAAAAAACGGAUAUAUAUAAACAUGUGUCUAUAUACAAAUUUUCAUCAAACCUUAUAAAUAUACAACAUAAUUUAUUUAAUAUAUAUUUGGAAUGUAAUUUAUUAAAUAGAGCAUAUGAAUUGGUCAUGUCAGAUUUUGAUUUUUCUUUUUCAUUAACAGAAGAAAUAAUUUUCUUAUAUAAAAUAUAUUUAAUUGAAUUGAAAAAAAAAAACAUUUUGCAUUCUUUUGAAAUAUUAAAUAUAGCUUUUGAUAAAUGUUAUGUUUUGUUAAAGAAAUAUUUAUGUAAUCCAACAUCAUUUAAAUUAUUAUCAGUUAUUAGUAUUCAUUUCAGUCACAUGUUAUUUAAUUAUCCGUAUUUAUCAAAAUUUCUAACUUUUCUUCCAUGUCAAAAAAUUAAAUUUAUUAAAAAUAAUAUACUUAUGAAUGAGAAUAUAAAAAUGGAGCAUUAUAAUAAUAUGUUCUACGAAAAGAAUUAUUUCAACUACUUUAAUAUGUACGACAAUAAUAAUAAUAACAACAACAACAACAACAACAACAACAACAAUAAUAGUAACAAUAAUAGUAACAAUAAUAAUAACAAUAAUAAUAACAAUAGUAGUAAUCAAAAUAAUUAUUUAGAUGAUAAGAAUGUGAAAAAAAUUAACGAAAGUAAGGAGGAUAAUAAUUAUUAUCAACCAAAGGAAUUUGUUAAUAGAAACAAUUUUAAUUUAUAUCCCACUUAUAUGGAACACACACAUAAUUAUUUACAACUUCUAGGAAAUAAAGAAAAAAAAAAGGGGGUUCAUGAUUAUUAUAAAGAUGUAAAUAAAGAACCUUAUAAUGAUAUAAGUAUGGAUUGUUAUAAACACAUGGAUGUAGAUAAUUACAAUCACAUCGAUAUAGAUAAUUACAAUCACGUCGAUAUAGAUAAUUACAAACAUAUAAAUAAAGAAAGUUAUAAUGAUACAUAUAAUUAUUAUAAAGAGUUACGGACACGUCACAAUUCUUAUAAUAAUAUCCAAAGUGAUGACCAUUAUGAUAACAACCUUAAGAGGGUGGAUACAAACAAUGAAGUUUUAUUAUUAUCAAAUGAUAUUUUAAAAUAUGAUUUAACUAACGAUAAUAAUAUAGAUAAAAAUAAAACGAAUUCUUAUAAUGAUAUGAAAAAAAGAAAUGAUAGUACUGGUAAUGAUAACGAUAACGAUAAUGAUAAUAAUGAUUACAUUUAUUUUCUUACUAAUAAGAGUGAUUAUAAUUUUUUAAAUAAAUAUGAUUAUUUUCAUAUGAAUAAAAUCUUAAAAGUGUUUAAUUUUAUUUUUAAUCUUUUAGAAUGUACACUUCAUAAUAAUGAUGUAUCUAUAUUUAAUUAUAACAAAGAUACUACAUAUACAUUCGACGAAAGGGUAUAUAAGAAUGAAUUGAUAUUAGACAAUAAUAAUUAUGAGAAUAAAAAUAUUACUAAUAUAAGGAAUUAUAUAAAAGAAAUUGUAUAUAAAAUUGAAUUAUAUUUUACUAGUAUAAAAAAUAAGUAUGUUCAACGUUUCGAAAAUAUUCAAGACAUACAAAAUAUGGAAAACGCUCCAGAUGAACAAUAUAUAAAAAAUGUUGUUAAAGAUAUUGAUAGAAGUCGAUUUAGAAAUUUAUUACAUGAUACCAAAUUAAAUAAAUCAUUAAAAUAUAAUGAUCAAUAUAAUUCCUUUUUUUCUUUUGAAUUUUUAUAUUUAGCAUAUAUAUGUUCAAAUUCUUUCCCAGAUAAUAUUUCAAAAAAUUAUAAAAAUUUACUUUUUAAGAAUUUUAAUUUUAAUGAAAUAUGGUUAACAAGUCAUCAAAUAAAAAUCAAAAUAUUCAUAUCAUUAAUGUACAUGUCUUUAUAUGAAAUAAAUUCAAUGAACCUAGGAGAAUUUUUUAUGGAGAUAUUAAAAAUAAUACUACAUCGCUUUUAUAAUAAUUUGGAUUACAACGAUAUACAAAUUAUACAAUAUAUAUUUUUAAAUAUAUCUAAUGAUACAUUAUUUUCUUGCUAUAAUAUGAUUGAUGAUAUAAAAGAUAUAAUUAGAAAAAUUCCACAAAUAAGUAAUAGGGAGUUCUUUUAUGUAUAUAAUUUAUAUGAAACAAAAAACAUUUUACAGAAUUAUCAAAAUAAUUUAGACAAAGGAGACACAAAGGAUAAGUUUAUAAAUAGAUUAUUAAAUUAUUUAAUCAAAAAAAAACAUGAAAUAGAAAAUAAAAAACAAAAUUUAAAAGAAAUACACAAUGUUGUAAAUAAUAAUAUAAAUGAAAAGAAGAAACUAAGUAAUACGUUAGGUACAAAUGGUAAGAUAAAUAAUAAUAUGACAAAUGAAAUGGAUGAAUAUACUAUAAAGGAUCAUAUGCAUGACAUAUCAAAUGGUUCAUAUGAUACACAAUGGAAAGAAACCAUGUUACAAGUUGAUAUAUUAAAAGAAGAACAAAUUAUUAUACAUAAUCAAACUAAGGAUGAUAAUAUCAAUUUAUAUAUAGAUGGUAAUAUUUUAUGUCACAAUUUGAGUGAACAUGAUUAUGCAAAUGAGACCUAUCAAGAGUUCAAAGAGAUAGAAGAAUUCGAAAAAUUCGAAGAUUUCCAAGAGUUAGAAGAUUUUGAAGAAUUCGAAGAUUUCGAAGAGCUUUUUGCAAAUAAUAACACAUACACUUUUGAUUUUUUCUUGACUGAAAAAUGUUUAGAAAAAAAUGACUUUGUGUUUUUUAAAAAGUGUAAUAAGGGAAAACAUCAAAAUAAUUAUUCUGAUCAGCAUCCUUGUGGAAGCUCCUUUUUUUUCAAUAUGUUGAAUCAUUUAAAGGAAUGUGAUACGGAUGGGAAGAAAAAAAACAAAAAAAAAAAAUUAAAAAGGGAGGGAGAAAAAAAAUUAAAAAUGAAAGGAGAAAAAAAAUUAAAAAUGAAAGGAGAAAAAAAAUUAAAAAUGGAGGGAGAAAAAAAAUUAAAAAUGGAGGGAGAAAAAAAAUUAAAAAUGGAGGGAGAAAAAAAAUUAAAAAUGAAAGGAGAAAAAAAAUUAAAAAUGAAAGGAGAAAAAAAAUUAAAAAUGAAAGGAGAAAAAAAAAACAACACAUUAGAUGAACACAUCGUGACAACAAAAAAAAAAAAAAAGAGAGAAAAAAAUAUAUUACACAUUCCAAUGAAUAAUACAAAUGAUGAAUUUACAUUGACACCAAAAAAGAAUAAAUAUUUACGAAAUGUAGAUGAUGACAUAAAUAAAAAAUACAAAUUAAUAUGGAAUUAUUUUAAAAUAAAUAAAGAAAUAUAUAUAGACAACUUUAUUGAUGAAAAAGUGGAAUCCAUUAUAAACAUCCAAAAAUAUGGAUAUAAAUUAAAUUAUUAUGAAAAUACCAAAGUAGAAUAUUAUCAACAUUAUAGUUUUCAAAAGCAUUUUAACAUACCAGAGGAAAUAUCAGAAACAUAUUCCGUUUUAAUUGCUUUAAACCGGAGUAUAAGAGAUAAUAAUUUAUUUUUAUCUUUUGAAAAUAAUAAUUAUGUAAACACAUGCUUGAAUUUAUUAUAUAUUAUAGAUUUGUAUAUGGAAUUUAAAUCGAACAUAUUUAACAAACCAUUUUAUUUUAUUAAAAAUUUAAUAAUAAUGUGUGCAAAUAUAAGCUUUUCUAAAGAAUUAACUAUUAUAUAUAUUAAUGCUCUUAUACGAUUUUGUUUAUUUGAACUAAGAAUGGAUAAUUUGUUCAUUUCAUCCAAUAUGCUUAUUGAAAUAUUAAACAAUUUCGAAAAAAUUAAAAAUUAUAAAAACUUACUAGGAAUCAUUUUUUACUUAUGUGGGUAUAUUUUAUUACAGCACCUCAAUUAUAAUAUCCAAGAACAAUGUUAUGAAGAGAACAAAAAUGCCUUGAUAGACGAAUAUAAUUAUUAUGUGCUUAUGAAAAAGAAUUAUAUUAACACAUUUCAAAAAAUAAAGAUGGAAAAAAGCCACUUGAAAAAAAAAAAAAAUUAUUUCGAACAAUUUUUAAAGCAUACUAGGGAUGAAUUAUAUAAUUUAAAUAAUACACCAUUAUUUUUUCAAGAAAAUGGAAAAAAUGUUAUCAGUAGUAAAAAGGAAAAAGUAAAAGACAAAAUGGAUCAUUAUGCAAAGGGGAAAUUAAACGAAAAAUUAGAUGAACAUUUAAACGAAAAAGUAGAUGAUCAUUUAAACGAACAUUUAAACGAAAAAUUAGAUGAACAUUUAGAUGAACAUUUAGAUGAACAUUUAAACGAACAUUUAAACGAACAUUUAGAUGAAUAUUCCUAUUCAAAUCAACAAAGUAAUAAGAACAAAUCCAACUUAGGAACAUAUAUCUAUCUACCGAAUGUAGAUAUGAAUGAUUGUAUAAAAAAGAAUAAUGAGAAUUGUUAUUUAAGAACGAAGGGUGUAGAGAAAAUUACAGAUGAUUUCUUGAUGAAUGAAAAAAAAAAUAAUACAUUUGUAAAGAAGAAAAGUGCACGUAAAUUAAUUCCUUUAAUAAAGAACCAAAUAAAAAUAACUGAUUAUUUUUCGAAUAUAAAAAAUGAAAAAUCUUUUGAUAUGACUUAUGACAAUAUGUAUGUAUCAGAUAACAUUCGAAUGAAUAAUACAUCAUAUAUGCAUGUUAAUAAAAAGAGAAAAAAAAGUAGUUAUAUUUUAUGUGAAGACGUGAUUUCAGAUAAAAAAACAUAUUAUUCAGAAAAAAGUACAAGUACUAAAAGGAAUGAAUAUUCUUCUUACCUGUAUGAUCAAAUAAAUAAGAAACAGUUUUUUUUAUUUUUAAUUUGUUUCUAUAUAAAUCAGGCUUUAUAUUAUUGGUCAAAUGAUGGAGAUGCCAUUGGAAUAGCGAAUGGAGUUCAACAGAAAAAAAGGAUAAACGAUUCUUUUUUUUUCCUCAUGUCGUCUUAUAAAUAUUUUUAUAAGUCCUCCUUAUAUUUAUCAAAACAAAUCAAUAUACACGAAUAUAAAUCUCCUUUUUUUAAUUACUCAUUAUUUAAUACAUAUUAUCAAUUUUAUAUAUAUUACAAGACUAUAUUUAUGAAAUGUAAUAAUGAAAAUGUAAUAAAUCUGGUCAAAUAUAAUAAUUAUUAUUAA